AUGUCUGCUUUGCUCCUUGCGCGCAUCCCUGGUGCUGUGGGGAAGCCUCUGUGCCCGGCAGCCCCACUGACAGGGGUGUUCUUGCAGGUUUGGUUCCAGAACCGACGGGCCAAGUGGCGACGGCAAGAGAAGUUGGAGGUGACCUCCAUGAAGCUGCAGGACUCGCCCAUCCUCUCCUUCAGCCGCUCACCGCAGCCGGCACCCAUGGGCGCCCUCAGCAGCAACCUGCCGCUGGAGACGUGGCUGAGCCCGCCAGUGCCGGGCGGCACGGCCCUGCAGACGCUGCCCGGCUUCGUGGCCUCCCCGCAGAGCCUGCCUGGCAACUACACCCCGCCGCCCUUCCUGAACUCUCCAGCGGUCACCCACAGCCUGCAACCCCUGGGCACCAUGGGGCCGCCGCCGCCGCCACCGCCUUACCAGUGUGGGGCCACCUUUGUGGACAAGUUCCCCUUGGAAGAGGCGGACCGACGCAACACCAGCAUUGCCGCCUUACGCAUGAAGGCCAAGGAGCACAUCCAGUCCAUGGGCAAGCCCUGGCAGACCAUCUGA